GAGCGUAAAUGUUGACGGUCUAUCAACAACAAAGAUGGCUACCAACAGACGCUAACUUCAAUUUGACAAUUGAAGGGUAAAUCAUGUAACGGUACGAUCCCAAAUCUGUUUGAAACGGUAUUGACAAAAGCAGAUUUCCUUCGAAUAGAAAUAAACAACCCUGCAGGUAUCUGAAGACACUAGGCUAACCUGUGAUCACCUACCCCAGGAGGUUAGACUGAAGGAGCGUGCCGGACCUCUGACCCCUGACUUCCAGUCCCACCAUGGUGCUGAAGAUAUUCUUCCCUCAGUGCUGUAACAAGGCAGACAGCGGGCUGCUUGUGGGGCGAUGGAUCCCAGGACAGAACUCGGCCGUGGUGCUAGCUGUCAUCCACUACCCCUUCAUCCCUGGACAGGUCAAGCAGUACAUCCACCAGAUGCGUGGCCAGAGUGGGGUGGAUCUGACGGUGCUGGGCUCGUGGAGCAUGCCCAAGGAGGGCCAGGAGGGCAUGGAGAGUUUCCUCAGGGACCUCAGCACCAUCUUCCCCCAGGGACAGUGGCUCCAGCUCAGUAGAGAGAUGGGCAAGAUAGGCUUCAGGUGUCACGUCCUCACAAGGGACCAGAAUGGGAAGCUGAUACAACAAGAAAAGGAGCUGAAAGAGGAUGGUGGUGGAGAGAAAGGAGAGGGGAAGAAAGGAGGGAAGGGAGGAGAGGCCAAGAAAGGAGGAACAAAGAAAGGAGGAGGAGAGAAUAAAGUAGAGGGAGAGGAAGGAGGAGAAGAGAAGGACAAGGUGAUCUUUAUCCACUAUGAACAGAGGAAGGUCAUGCUGUCUCAGCUGCACCCCAUAGAGAACGGGGUUCCUGACCCUCAAACUGAGUCACAACUACCACAGGUGUUUGGGACAGUGUGUCAGAGUGAGCCGCUGUUCUUCCUGGAUAAGUAUGAUGACGGUCCAGUGAAGAUGACCCACUGGCAAUCAGAGGGACGGGAGGGAUCCAUUAUAGUAGAACUGAUGAAACAGGCCUCGACACCGCUCUGUCUGCUAACCACCUGGAUGCUAACACUGUGGACCAGCCUCUGUAGUAGCAGGAUAUUGAAUGUGUACCCGAUGAGGUUAAUCUCCAGUAAGUUGUCUACGUGUGUCCAGCUGAGCUACAGAACCGAACACCUUCAGACAGUCUGCUCUCCUACCAGAGCCACCGCACACAACCACUUCAUGAGGAAAGCCAAUAUCUUUGUGUCGUUCUUUGUGGAUGUGUCUCUGGGCCUGCUGCUGGUAUCGUGGAUGUAUAGAGAGAACCGUAUAGGCAAACUGGCCAACACACUGGUACCUGCUGCUGACCAUGUAGCUAAAGAGCUGGAGGAGCUGUUGCAGUGGCUGAUGGGAGCUCCAGCUGGUCUGAAGAUGAACCGGGCUCUAGACCAGGUGUUAGGACGAUUCUUCCUCUACCAUAUACACCUGUGGAUCAGCUACAUUCACCUGAUGUCUCCAUUCAUUGAGAUGAUUCUGUGGUACGUGGGUCUGUCUGCCUGCCUGGGCUUGACCUUUGCCCUCUCCCUGCUCUCUGACAUCACCGCCCUGCUCACCUUCCACAUCUACUGUUUCUACGUCUAUGGAGCCAGGCUGUACUGUAUGACAGUAUAUGGUCUGUCCUCUCUGUGGAGGCUGUUCAGGGGGAAGAAAUGGAAUGUCCUCAGACAGAGAGUAGACUCCUGCUCUUAUGACCUGGACCAGUUGUUCAUCGGGACGUUACUCUUCACCAUCCUGCUGUUCCUCCUGCCAACCACAGCUCUAUACUACCUAGUGUUUACCCUGCUCCGCCUUGUGGUAGUAAUGUUCCAGGGAGUUCUCCACCUCAGUGUUGACUUCAUCAACUCCUUCCCUCUGUUCGCCAUGGGCCUCCGACUCUUCAGAUCCUACAGACUGGCAGAGGGGGUGAAGUUCAGAGUGCUCUGUGAGGAACCAGGAACACCUCUACAUCUCAUGAUGGAUAUUAACCCUCUAAAGGUGAGCAGUGUGGUUCAGACCUACAGGACCCCCACCUACAGCUGCUACCCUAAAGACUCCUGGCUGGCCCUCUGCAAGAAGCUGUUCCUGGGAGAACUCAUCUACCCCUGGAGACACAAGACUAUCAAGAUAGACUAGGACCAGGGGAGAGAGAGAUGGGGGGGCUGUUUCUGGGAGAACUCAUCUACCCCUGGAGACACAAGACUAUCAAGAUAGACUAGGACCAGGGGAGAGAGAGAUGGGGGGGCUGUUUCUGGGAGAACUCAUCUACCCCUAGAGACACAAGACUACCAAGAUAGACUAGGACCAGGGGAGGCUGUUUCUGGGAGAAC